ACCAAUGUAUGAUAUUUUCGAUGCAUAAACUCUAUUUUUUAGACAUGAUUCUCAACCAAUUUAAUGCAUUUUACAUGCUCACAAUACGUGAUGAUAAAGUAUGAAGAAUAUAUUUAUAGACCAUGUAAAAAAAUCACCUUGUGAAAAUAAAAAGAUGGUGCUUUAUGUCAUUUCAUUAUUAUAAGUAUCUGUAUCUGUAUUUUUAUAGCUAAUUAAUUGUGCAGUGGAAACCUCUAUCCAAAUCGUCAGGUACAUAGAUAAAUGUACAAACAAAUCACAUAUUUACUUGGUCCACGAAUGACAAACCGUGUGGCAUUGAAACCUAAUUAGCAUUUAAUUCUCAUUAAAUACUCGUUUAACUCGACAAUAACACAUUAACUGCAUGCAACUGUCAGAUUCCAGGCAGGAAUUUCCAGCAGCAAUCACAAUACUAGGUUUUAUGUAGCUAAUUUACUCUCUCCCCAUCAUUCGUGGAAGUGAACACCUUCUGUGAAUAACGACCCCAUUGGGAUCUUAUUAUAAUUUAACUAUUAUUUGUCGACCAGAUCAAUAUUUACACUUGAUCAGACUGCACUUAUACUGAAUAUCUUUAGUGAAACAUGUAUCUUUUUCAAAAACUUGUAAUUCUCUGUCUUCUGGGUUGGAUCUACCAGGUCUCAGCUAUAGAUAAGCAAAUAAUUAAUGUCGAAUUGGGGGGUCAUUGUGCAUUAGGAGCCGCUCCUGUUGGACCAGGUGGCUCUUGGCAAGUCGUGGAGAAAAAUGUGGAGAAAAUUUGCCCAGCAGGAUCAUCUUGUCGAAGGGGUGCCUGUAAUUGCAACGACCUUGAGGAUGGAACUGUGACAUCCAUGGCAUCCGAUGACAAUGGCAUUCGUUCCUGCAAACGCGUAGCUGGACAAAAAUGUUCCUCGUCGGAAGAGUGUUUUUCUGGCGUUCAAUGUCUUGAGGGCGUCUGCACUUGUCCCGACAAGAAAUUAAAUUCAACGUUUGGUUGUGUGGACCGAAAAUACGAUGUCACCAUCCUCGCCAAGUAAUGUCAAAAGGAAAGCCUGCAAAAAUAUUUGUCUAUGGUACAACUUAAUAGCACAAAAGUUUACACUUAAUACUAAAGUGUACAUCAUAAGUACAGCUAUAAUUUCUCAAUUUAUAAAAAAAACUUUAAGUAAUAAAAUUUUGAGCAAAUGUCACUCUCACACUAGAAA